AGAUUCUCGUCUUGCUUGCUGCAGUCAGCAGAAUUUAGUGUAGCGAGUGAAAGGGUUCGCGUAAUCAAAGUUGGCCGUCGUCGUCGUCGUCGUGAUUAUAUUGUCCGUGAAAGUUCUUGAAAGUGAGUCCUCCAGUGGUCUAAAGCCUGCUUUGAUUAGUGAUUGGUUCCUCGAACGCUACCAAAAGGAAAAGCGACCCAACGUAGUACGCACACCAACAAGAGCAACAAGGAAAACCACCCAGCCCAAAACUUGGGGCGGCCACGUGAUUCUCUCUCCCGGUAGCUCUCUCCGGGAAAAAUCCGUAACAAUCAUCACGCAUACCAGCGUGCUAGUUCCUUCAUCGUCCAAGUCAGCGCACCAUCAUCGUCAUCAUGUCGUCGCUCAGUCAAGUUCUGACCGUCUGCCCAAAGAGUCCACUGGCCGUGACUGCUGGAGGAUUGCUCGCGUCUUCGUCAUCAACAACUUCCUCAACAACAACAACCAGGCUUUUCGGUGGCACCGUGAGUCAGUUAUCGGCGUUGCUGAUUGGUGGUAGCGAUAAUAACGGCGGAGGCAGUUCGAUUCAGCGUAAACAUCAUCACCGGAUCAUCUCGACGGCGCGAAGAACCAUGGCGACGGCACCGAAGCGAUGCGUCACGCUGGACAACAUCAAUCCGGCCAUCAAGGUGAUGGAGUACGCCGUCCGUGGACCGCUGGUCAUCCGGGCGGCGGCCAUCGAGAAAGAGCUGGAGCAGGGUGUCAAGAAACCAUUCAAGGAAGUGAUCCGCGCCAACAUUGGUGAUUGUCACGCGAUGGGACAGCAGCCGAUUACGUUCCUCCGGCAGGUCCUCGGUUUGGUGUCCUACCCGCCCCUGUUCGACGAUCCCUGCAUCCCGGACGAUGCGAAGGAACGUGCCCGUACCAUUCUGUCCGGCUGCAAGGGCGGCUCAGUUGGAUCCUACACCGAUUCUACCGGCAUUGAAGUGAUCCGCAAGCACGUGGCCCAAUACAUUCAGGAUCGGGAUGGAGGUAUCCCCUCGGAUCCGGCCAACAUCAUCCUGUCGGCUGGCGCUUCCGGAGGCAUCAAGGCACUGAUGGCCCUGCUGCGAUGUGACGUCAACGGAAAACGUCCCGGUGUGAUGAUUCCCAUUCCCCAGUAUCCCCUUUACUCGGCCACGAUCGCUGAGUUCGAAAUGGCACAAGUCGGGUAUUAUUUGAACGAGGAGAAGAAGUGGGGUAUGGACGUUUCGGAGCUGCAGCGAGCCUUGGACGAAGCCAAGAAGACUUGCUCCCCGCGCGUGCUUGUCGUCAUCAAUCCGGGUAACCCAACCGGACAGGUACUAUCCCGCGAGAACAUCGAAGAGAUCAUCAAGUUUGCCCACAAAGAAAAGCUGGUUCUUUUCGCCGAUGAAGUGUACCAGGACAAUGUCUACGAAAAGGGCUCCAAAUUCCACUCAUUCAAGAAGGUCCUCAUCGAAAUGGGUGCGCCCUAUAACACGAUGGAACUGUGCAGCUUCAUGUCCUGCUCCAAGGGUUACAUGGGCGAGUGUGGCAUCCGUGGAGGAUAUGCCGAAAUCAUCAAUCUCUGCCCCGAUGUCAAAGCAAUGCUGCUGAAAUGUCUAUCGGCUCAGCUGUGCCCCACAACGAUCGGACAGGCCUGUAUGGAUGUCGUCGUCAAUCCCCCGAAACCGGGUGAGCCAUCCUACGACCUAUUCAUCAAGGAGAAGAACGCCGUGCUCAGUUCCCUGAAGGAUCGCGCCGAGAUGGUGGCCAACACGUUCAACUCGAUCGAGGGAUUCUCGUGCAAUCCGGUGCAGGGAGCGAUGUACGCUUUUCCCCAGUUCCGGUUGCCCCAGAAGGCGAUCGACGCGGCCAAGAAGGCCGGCCAAGCGCCGGACGUAUUCUAUGCAUUCCAGCUGUUAGAGCAAACCGGCAUUUGCAUCGUCCCGGGGUCCGGAUUCGGCCAGAAGCCCGGUACCUUCCACUUCCGCACGACGAUCCUACCGCAGCCGGCCAUGCUCAAGGAGAUGCUGGAAAAGUUCCGGGCGUUCCACGAAAAGUUCAUGAAGGAGUACAAGUAGAGCGUGGAAUCCACAACAAACAAAAAAAACCCACAAAAUGCUUGCUGUUGAUCAACUGCCAAAAUAGUGGCACUGCACCACAGCCAUCAACAACUCUACACAACAACAUUUGCUUGCCACUGAUAGAAGACCAACGUUGAACUUUUCAAAGAUUAAAACCGGGUACAGCAUAUUGAGCACUAGUAGGGUACAACUCAUCAGUAGAGUUGUGCGAUAGUCGAAUAUCUCUGGGCAGCACGGAGGUUUUUUACGAGAUAUACCCCUAUACAGAUAUAUUAUACAACAACAAAAAACUCAUAGAGGACGAAAACAAUUCUAGAAUAGGGAAAAGCAUAAUUAUUGUUAAAACAGAAAAAAUGGGAAUCCCGAAAUUCACACAAAACAUAUGAUGAGAGCAAUCUAAUUGCAGUUCUUUUUAAAUGCAUGUGCAGGACGGCUCAGACUCCACUGGUUAAAAUUGAUAGUUUGCGCUGCGAUAAUUUAGAAUGUUUAACACUCCUUCGCUGAACCUGUAAAGCUUGCUUAAGAAUUCAACUUUCCGUUUCCACUCACCCGCUUUUUAGAGCUUGUUUAGUUUAAAAAUCAGUUGAAGAAACUAUGGAAAAAAAAUCUCACACAAAAUCAUUCAAAUUAUUACGUGUAGUAAACUAAAACUAAGAAAAAAAAAUCAAAACGUUCGAUAUGAUUGAAAGAGGACAAUAAUUAUUUGUGAGAAAAUGUUUUUAAAUCGAUAGAGUUAUGUGAGGGAGAAACAAACAAAAUUAUCUAACAAGUAUUCAACUUUACACAAUUGGCAAUUUUAGGGCGCUUUAAAAAAGGAGAAGACAAAAAAAAGGAAUUUUAAAAGCUUCAGUGUUGUUGUUAGUGAUAAAUUGGGCAGACGUUAAGAUAUGUUUCUAUUUUUUUUUUAAUUUAUCAAUUAAAAUCUAUACUAAUGUGCAGUGGGAAUAAAAUUUUCAUUUUUGUUAUCUGUUUUUAAAAGAUUUUGUUUUAUUAUUUUAAAAUGUCCGUCUCUGUCGAAGUGAUUGUUUUUUUUUGCCAGCAAGCUAACGAAAGAUUAUUGAAAGAAGAAUUCGAAAAACGAUGAAAAUAUAACGAUAUAUGUUCUGCGCAGUGUAUAUUCUCGCUCGUUCGGAUGUAAAAAUUACAAUUUAGCUGUUAUUAUUGGAGUACAUAUUGAAGGCGAAAAAACAAUGAAAGAAGUGGUAAUAAAAUCAUAUAAUAAGUCAAAAAA